AUGGCGUCUGGAAGCCGAUUCCCACGCCAAUUCGUGGAUGACUGCAAUGAAAACGAUGUCAUCUUUGGACGAGGAAAGGGCUCUUAUAACAAUCCUGGCAACAAGCAUUUGCAGCACAUCAUUCGGCAACAUUUCCCACAAUACGACUUGGCAGAUCUGCAAACCAAGAACAUCCUUGCCCACAAAGUCGUCGAUACAAUGCUCACCAAGAAGCAGCCUUCGAGAUUCCUCAAGGCAGACAAAGACACCAACAGAUGGUAUGCAAUGGCACGAGAAGAAGUUGUCAAAAAGAUCAAACAAGACUUUGCCAACCUGAAAUCAGCGCACAAACGAAAGAUUGAAGAUGACCCAGCAAUGCCAGAGCCACCGAAAAAGCGACAGGCCAAAGAUCCUGGUGUGGCUGUCAGCACAUUGUUAGCGAUUUGCCAUAACGAUGGAAGUGAGGAAGAAGUUCAAAGUGAAAUGUCAUCGAUCAUGGGAGCGGUGAAUCACGUAUUUGUGCACAAUCCAAGAUUGGAUCAUCAGCAGCAAGCAGAACUGGUGUUGAGUAAUGAUGCCGUCAAGGAAGCUAUCGUUUCUAUAUUACAAUGGAAGUCACAACGCCAUGCUGACAUGCAUCCAGAAGGAUUGAAAGAGGACAAGAUCAAUCUACCAAAUACCAUUCCCAAUCAUCCAAAGUCCAAUGGGGCGUUUGGUUCCAACAAAGCGUUCGUCAUGCCCUAUGCUAGGCGGCUACCUAAGAAACCCAUCGCACCAGCGAUCAAGACUGACCCUACUCACAUGGAGAAAGUAUGUGAUAGCGUCGAUUUUGAACCCCGGAUGGACGAUGUGAACAAAAUUUGCCCAAAGCUCAGAGUGAAGGGCGAUCGAACCUAUACGGGGAGUGUUAUGGACACCAACCCACACGGGAUCGGAUUCAUGAAAUUUGACGAUGGGAGAAUAUAUUGUGGAGGAUGGCGAAAGGGAAAGUUGCACGGCAACGCGUGUGUCUUAUACAAGAAUGGUGACAAAUUCCUUGGGGAAUACGUCAAGAACAAGAGAACGGGGGAAGGCGUCUGCUACUACAAUGAUGGAGCAAUCUACCAAGGAGAAUUCAAGAACGAUCGUCUGAAUGGAAAAGGUGCCUAUCGGAGUCGAAGCGGAGACGUUUACGAUGGCGAUUUCGUCAAUGGAAUCUUUGAAGGAGUUGGUGUCCAUCGGAGGGUAGAUGGUACUGAAAGACACGGGCGUUUCUCCAACUGGAAGUUUAUUGCAUCUGCAGACGGAGAAGUGACCUCAUCCGACGGCGAGAAGGAUGAUUCAUCUAUCCAACAUGGCCACGGAAACGAACCAUCUUGCAAUUCAUCAGCUACCAGCAAGGACGAUGACGAAGAAGAAGAUGUCCAUCAAAUCGAAAAUGAUAACGGCGAUGAGGAUGGCAAUGAGAAACCCGAAUCAGAUGAGAAGCCAGUGCCGGAAGAAUCGGCGCCAGCAGACAAAGCCAAUGAAAAUGACUCACAAGAGGAAGGAUCUGAGCAAGGAUCACAAGAGCCCCCCGUGAAAAUGGAGACAGACAAUGAUACUAAUGGCACUGAUGACAAUGGCAAAUCAAAAACUGGCAAGGGCGUAAUACUAUAG